AUGACGGACGGGGGUGUCAGCGAGUGGAAGGGGAGUCAGCGAGUGGAAGGGGAUCACCAGUGGCUGCAGCAACUGCAGGAUGAUGGCGAGCACACAAGAGGUUCGGUGCUCUCAGAUGAUCAUGCCACUCUUCUCAGCUCCCUAACCCCUCCGCGCAUGUCCUCUCCUCCUCCCUGCAGCGACCGGUGCUUUCAAGCUCUGGAGUGUGGCGGAUUGCUCUUUGUGAACCUGCCUGCUCUUGGGUGGGGACGAUUCAAUCUCUUCCAAGAAAGAGCAACACGUGGUGGACGCAACGAGAGCAACCUGGAGCACGGGCAGCAGCAGGGCGCUGCUUGGGGCAAAGGCUUGGCGCAAGAGAAACAGAGCAGCAUAGAGCAGCACACAGGCGUGGCGUGGUGCGGGAGGCAGAGCGGCCGAGCGGCAAAGCGGCAGACGGAGGAGCGUGGCUCCAAGCCUUGGAGUGCGUUGUGCAUCGGUGGGAUGGGGACAGCAUUUCUGUUCCUUGUGCAAGACAAGAGUGAAGAUGCAGCAGCAGUCCUUGCCAUCCUUCCUCCCCUCACCUCCAGCACUCAAAAGGGAAGAGGAUGCGACAACUGCAGGAUGGUGGCAAGCACAUUGGCAGUGGUGGUGGCACCAGCAGUUGCAGCCUCAACGGCCAUUGCAGUGGUUUGCAGCUGCAGCAAUGGAGGGGUAAUUGCAGUCUACCCUAUGCUUCCAUGUUCCCUCUAUAUGUUUGCUGUUUAA